AUGAGAAGUUUGUCGUGCCUUAGUCAUGAAGCAGUACAAAAUAGCUGUAAAUCACAUGUUCGCAUUAGAUGUAAAGAAAUUGGCAUUGUCAUCAAAAAGAAAAUCAAUAAAGAAAUAACAGAAAUAGUAAAAAACAAAGACUCCUUAUUAAGGUCAUCAAAUCUUUCUUCCUUCUCCUGGAAAUCCGCCUACAGACAAUUAGAGAAUAAAUGUCCUUUGACAAUGGACUUCCUUCAGACAAUAUGUGGGGAGAAGAAAAAAAAUGAACCGAGACUUGUCACCAGCAUGGCCGUCCUUCUGUUUACCAGAAAUCAGCAAAUGAACACUAUUCAAUCUAUAAACAGUGUGUUAAUGUUCCGAGGACAUGUUAGAACAAAGGUUUAUACUACCUUCAACCGAGCAGGACUUAGUAGUUCCUACAAGUCCACACUGAAUACAAUUGAUAAGCUAUGUGAGAAAUUUGAUGAGCCUGUGAAGAGAUGGACAGAGCAACUCAGCAGUGAAACAAUAGAUCAGAACACUUCAUUAGGUGAUCAUACAUAUUCAGCAACCAGUGAUGAAAGUAAUGUAGAGAACAUUGCCACAGAUGAUAACAUUCUACACAUCCAAAGUCCACCAGUAAUGUACAUAGCAGAACCUAUAACUGAUGCAUGUACAUCUGUUCCACCUGGAACUCCUUUAUGUAGCAUAGAAAACAACACAUCUUAUUACACACCAAUGCAACCAUCAGUAUCAUGUGAAGAAGAUUCUCCAUAUACAACUAAGUCGUCAGAAGCAAUUCAGGAAACAGGUUCUUUCCAAAUCAUUAUGGACAACUUGAAUAUGAACCAAAAGACUAGACACAAGACUGAAGAUACCAGCAACAAGGUGCACAACUUGGUCCAUUCAAUGGUAGUUAAUGAUAGAGCAACACCAACCGACCCGCUAGACGAGAUACACCCUCAAGCUGACAUUCUAUCACUAUCUAAUGAAUUGUUCAUUCCAAGUGACAAUGACAUACACAAUCUGAAUGAAGAUUUUAAAAUUUUGAUCCAAAGAGCUAUAGUAGACAACAUCCCAGGACUAUCUGAGUACCGACAAGUUGUGCAGUACCAUAUACUACAUGAGUUUUCACAACAGGCUGAAAAGGAGAGCACAGUUAUACCAUUAGGAAUUCUUGAGAAGGAUGAAAACAUCACAGAACAAAUGAUUGAUGUAAUUACACAUUUACAACAGUAUGUGCCAAAGAGGGACAAGAAAUUAAAGCCAUUAUUGUUGGGUGGCGAUGCCUUGAGUGUUGAGAGGGGUGAAGCUGCACAGAAAGCCAGAAUUGAUGCAGUGACAUGUGAAGACAGAUUAGAUGGCUUUAUAUGGAAAAGUGAAGAUUGGCAUGGCCAUGUUAUAUCACUACAGGAUACCUUCAACCUCCAUUUCAAGGGUUCUUCAUCUGGUGAAAUGGGAACAUUGUUCCAAUUGAAAAAUAAAUUUGACAGAAGAUGGGAAAUCAGAGAUAAAUUUAAAGACCUCAAUCAUACUUCCGACACUCAAAAGGAGGAAUUCCUGGAAAAACUUUCACAAGACAUAGUAGACAAGUACAUUGCUACAGAAAAAAUUGAUUUAGAAGCAUUUAAACAAACCAAUACACAAGAAGAAGGAAGACAUAUGUGUGGAUAUCCGGGGUGCAAGAAAAGUUUUGCUGUAGAUGGGAAAUGUAGAUCCAAACACAGGUUUCGGUGUCCGUAUAAAGAGUUUGAAGGUGUUAUACAGCCAAAUAAUGAGAAUGACCAACAAUUCCAAAGCACCAUUGAGGUCGAAAAAGAUAAGAAGGAAGACUUUAAACGCAACUACAGCUGCAGUUUGUUGAGGGAUGGGCUUUUUGACUGGUGUAGAGAAGAUGCUGCAAGAGAAAAUGAUGGUGAACGUUUAGUUAGAAUGUGGCGAUUUGACAUUCUAAAAUUCGCUUUAAACAAUCAUGUAAAAUACAGACUAUUAGCUUUUAAAUUACAUGCACAUCUGUUAGCAAUAUUGCCUCCGAAACAAGCCUUUCAAUUGAAAAACAAUCGAACUGUUAACAUACAUGGUGGAAAGGGUGCUAAUGUUCCAGGAGAACUUGCUCUCGAGUUUAUGAACAUGAGGGCAAAAGAUGCGUUAAACUCUCUCAGAGGCAACAUGACAAGUGCUUCAAUUGAAAGGUGCGGGAGAAGUCUCCAAGGCUGCAAUGACAUCAUAGAUUCCUAUACAACAGGAUUAAACCAAUUUUUGGAAAGCCUUCAAACACCAAGCCAUCAAUUCAGAAAGAUAUUGACAUUCUUGUAA